UACAACCACCCGGCAGGUCCCAAAACAGUAUUUUUCUGGGCACCUAUUAUGAAAUGGGGUUUGGUAUGUGCUGGAAUGGCUGAUAUGACCAGACCAGCAGAAAAGCUCAGCACAGCACAGUCUGCAGUGCUAAUGGCCACAGGCCUUAUUUGGUCAAGGUACUCUCUAGUUAUUAUUCCUAAAAACUGGAGUCUGUUUGCUGUGAACUUCUUUGUUGGCUGUGCUGGUGGCUCUCAACUCUUCCGAAUAUGGAGGUAUAAUCAGGAGCUAAAAGCAAAACAACAAGAGCAGCUGCAGCAAAGAGAUGCUUAACCCAACAUGUCAAAUCCAACAACGCACAAACCCUUUCCCAUGGGACCUAGCUUCACUAAUUUUAAUGUUUUUUCCUCUGAGAAAAUGAAUGAGGAAAUCUAAAUAUCUAGAGAGCAAGUGUUUUCUAAGUGCAAAUAACAAAGUAUCUCCAUACAUUUAAAUAAAGUAUAACAUUUUAAAUUGAA